CAAUAAUCAGUAUAUUUGUUACUUCAACAUAGUCUAUCAGUAUAGUUUUUCCUGUUUCUCCAUUCACCGAUCUCUCUUGUUUCUUCUUUUCUUUUGAAAGCUGGGCUACUUCUCAUUAUUUCUUGUCUUUCAAAGGACUUAUUUUUACAAUGGAUGAGUCUACUCCAAUCGAAGCUACACCGUUCAGCUAUCUAAUUCCAAGCUUUGCUGACGAUGAUAACCAUCAGAUGGAGAACAUCCCAUCACCAACUUAUCAAGUGGUUACACCACUUCAAACCGUUGAUGACGAGACCUCUUACACAACACCACCUCCCAUUCCUCAAGCCUCACCGCUUCAGCCUGCUAAUGAGGAAAACUACAACACACCAACACCCUAUCAACCUCUAUUACUGGCCACACCACUCAGCUUCGUUUCACCAUCUGAUGAAUCCAACACUGCUGCUGUCGAUCCCAACAUGGGUCCUAUCAAAAGAGGACGAGGCCGACCAAAAGGUUCAAAGAAUUCAAAGCCGUCCAAGAAGAAGAUGGAAACCUCUCAUCUCAACAAUGAAGUGGUUGUAUCUGGUCACAAUGAUGAAACUCACAACACAUCAUUCUCCCCUCAUCCUCCUCUAGUGGCCACAGAUCUUCAAGCUAUUGUACCAUACGAUGACUCCAACCACGACUCUUUGGCUGAUGAUGAUGCUGCUCCGAGUAGCGAUCCUCUUAAAAGAGGACGGGGCCGACCAAAGGGUUCGAAGAGUGCCAAGACGCCUGUGAAGAAGCUGAAACCCCAUAAUCCCGACGAGAAAAUGGUAAUAUUUUGUCCGAGUUUUGACUCGAUGAUAACCGAAGAGGAGAAAGAAAAUGGGAAUGAAGAGCUGGUGGACUCCGUUCGGAUGCGAUUCAACGCCGUUUGUCGUCGCUUAGGCCAUGUAAGCUGCGAGAAAGCUGUGGUCACAACUGCCUUCAGUAGGUUUACCAAUCUGGGUGUCAGGACUAACAAGAAGAAGAGAAUCGGUCCGGUUCCGGGGGUACAACCAGGAUAUAUAUUCUACUUCUGGGGAGAGAUGUGUUUGGUUGGACUUCACACUCAGAUGCCUGCUGGUAUCGACUAUCUACUAGCGAAAGAUGGUGAAGCAGAAGGCUUAACAACAAGUGUCGUUACAUCAGUAGGACACUACAACGACAAAACGGACGAGCUUCAUACUUUGGUAUACACCGGGCAAGGAGGAACGUGUAAGGAUGGUAAACCUAGAAAUCAAGACCUUACAAGAGGAAACCUAGCGUUGGUCACAAGUCAGAAAAGAGGAAAUGAAGUUAGAGUGAUUAGAGGUGUAGAGGAUCCGGGUGAUAAAAAAGGGAAAGUAUAUAUCUACGAUGGUCUCUAUGUGGUAACCCAUUAUUGGAUAGAGAAAGGGACCACCGGCUUUGAUGAAUUCAAGUUUAAUCUCGUGAGAAAACAAGACCAGCUUUCUGGUUUCGCCACGUGGAAGUUAGCUGAAGAAUUGAUGAAGUGUGGUUCGAGUAAUCGGUCCAGGAAGGGUUUUGUGUUUGAAGAUAUUGCUCUUGGAUUGGAGGCGUUACCAGUUCCGAUCGUGAACGAGAUCGAUGAGAACGACAAGGAGUGGCCUCUAGACUUCGACUACAGAGCCUCUUCAGAAAGUUUGAGUAUAAUGAUCGUUCCGAACCAUCAAUCUACUGGAUGCAACAACACUUGUCAAGGUGGUCAGUCAUGUGGAGAUCCGAUGUGUCUUUGUAUUCAAAGAAACGGAGGCGAGUUACCGUAUGAUAACCGCAUUUUACUAUAUCGUAAACCGAUGAUUUACGAAUGCGGCGAUUCCUGUUCUUGCCCCGCGGACUGCAAGAACAGGCUAUCUCAAAGCGGUUUGAAACUCCGGUUGGAAGUGUUCAAGACGGAGAGCUGCGGUUGGGGGUUACGUUCGUGGGAGCCCAUACGAGCCGGGACUUUUAUCUGCAAGUUGGUUGGCACAGCUAAGGGAAGAGAUGAGAUUGAAGAAGACGACGAGUACGUCUUCGACACCUCUCGAGUUUACAAACGGUUUAGGUGGAACUACGAACCGGAACUUGUGGGUGAAGACUGUUGGGACGAAGUCUCUGAAGUUUAUAAACUUCGGUCGGAAAUAUUGGUCAGUGCCAGAGCGUUUGGUAACGUUAGUCGGUUCAUGAACCAUAGCUGCUUGGCUAACGUUAUGUGGCAGCCUGUUGAGUUUGAAAAGAAUGGCCAACCUUUGGUUCGUAUUGCCUUUUUUGCAAAGAGACAUAUACCUCCGUUGACAGAGUUGAGAUACGAUUAUGGAAUGUCUUAUGAUACUGGAGAGGUUGAUGAAGGUGGAAGCAGGGUUUUUACAGGUAAAAGGGCUUGCUUGUGUGGUUCGGAAAAUUGUCAUGGUUCUUUUGAGUGAGGUUGAACAUUUUUAUUAUUAUUGUUGUUGUCUUUUUAUCUGUUUUUUUGAUUAUUGUGGUCUUGUGUUUCCUUUUAAUCCUUAAGAAUAAAAAACUUACUUAAGUUUUCACUACAAAAAACGAGGUCUGUAGCAUCACUUAUUUUAAACUUUUAUAUCACUUGUUGAAUGACACAAAUGUAUUACCAUCACUUAAAUAAUUGAUUCCGAUAGUGGCGAUGCAAUAUAAGGCAUCGGUUAUAGUAACUGAUGGUUAUACUUCUAUCAAUUAUAGUAAAUGAUACUAUAAUGCAUCCCUUAUCAUAACUGAUAUAAAUAUUUGUGACGCUUAGCAUAAAUGAUUUAAUUAUGUGCAUCGAUUAUUUUAAACGUUGUAAGUACUUGCGUCAGGUUUUUUAGAUGAUGCAUUGUUAUUUCAUUAUCUGUUAGAUUUGUAUCAUAAGAAAUCCAAAUCAUGUUUAAGUUAAACCAAUUAAUAUAAAUCAUUUCUAGUCUUUUAUCCUUCAAGUUUUGAGAUUGAAAAGAAAAAUAAGACUUGAUAAAAAGAAAAAAAAAAAAAAUAAGAUCUUUUAAGAAAAAUAGACGAAACAAAAGACAAAAUAAGAAAAAAAAUAUUUUUUCAGAAAAAUAUUAUUUCGAAAAAAGAAGUUUAUUGAAAUUGUAAUUUUCUCGAAAAAAGUAAAUUUGAUGUUUGUGUUAUGAUUUUAUAUAUGUAGUGCUAUUCGUUUUGAUAAUAGUUUGUCUAAGCAUUUAUCACUGAGAUUAGAAUAAAAAAGAGAUUUAGUGGUUGUUUUAGUUUUAGAUAUGAUUCACGAUUGACUUCAGAACAUUAAUAGUUAUAGUUAUAUGGAAGGUUAAUUAGUUGAUUUUUUAUAUUAUAGUCUUGUGUUUUUCUCAAGCAAACAAUUAAACUCGUCAUGUCUUGUACUUCUCGAGUUUACAAAAAAUUUAGGUGGAACUAUGAACCGGAACUUGUGGUUGAAGACUGUUGGGAAGAAGCCUCUUAAGUUUAUAAACUUCGGUCGGAAAUCUUAGUCAGUGCAAGAGCGAUUGCUAAUGUUAGUCGGUUAUGAACCAUAGCUGCUCGGCUAACGUUAUGUGGCAGCCUGUUGAGUUUGAAAAGGAUGGCCAACCUUUGGUUCGUAUUGCGAUUUUGCAAAGAGGCAUAUACCUCCGUUGGCAGAGUUGACGUAUGAUUAUGGAAUGUCUUAUGAUACUGAAGAGGUUGAUGAAGAUGGAAGCAUGGGGUUUAGAGGUAAGAGGGUUUGCUUAUGUGGUUCGGGAAACUAUCUUGGUUCUUUUGAGUGAGGUUGAAUUUCUUAUUAUUAUUGUUGUUGUCUUUUAUUUUUUGUUGUUGUUUUGAUUAUUAUGGUCUUGUGUUUCCUUUUAAUCAUUAAGAAUAAAAAACUUAUUUAAGUAUUUAAUCAUAUUGUUUACUUACGUUAUUUUAUUAACAGUUAGAUUUGUAUCAUAAGAAAUCCAAAUCAUUUUUAAGUUAAGCCAAUUAAUAUAAGUCAUUUCUAGUCUUUUAUUCUUCAAGCUUUGAGAUUGAAAAGAAAAAUAGGACUUGAUAAAA